AUGGACUAUGCUAAAUUCAGACUUGGAUGGGCUUUGCUCGACGACCUAUACGGAUCGGGCAGGCAUGACGACCAUAAGAGGUUGGGCAAGCCCAAAGAUAUAAACGGGCUAGGCGGGCCCGACAAACCGAACGAGUCGAUCAAGCCCAACGAUCCAGAAAAUUCGAGUGAGCCCGAUGAAUCGAACGGGGCAGGUGGGCCUGAAGAUCCGAACGGGCCAAGCGAGCUCAAAGACCCGAACGGGCCAAGCGGGUCCGAUGACUCGAAUGGCUCAAGCGAGCUCGAAGAACCGAACGGGUCAGGCAGGCCUGAAGACCCGAACGGGUCAGGCGGACUCAAAGAAUCGAACGGGCUGCCCAAAGACUCGAACGGGUCAGGAAGGCCCAAAGACCCGGACGGGCCCGACGACCCGAACGGGCCCGAAGACUCGGAUGGGGCGGACGACCUAGACGGGCCUGGGCCUGAUGACCCAGACGGGCUCGGCGACCCGGACGGGCGCGAUGACCCAUACAGGCCUGACAACCCGGACAGGUCUUACGACCCGAAUGGGCACGACGACACGAUCGGGCCGGAUGACCCGGAUCGGCCGGACGAUCCGGAAGGACCUGACGACUCAAACGACCCAGAUGGGCCCGACAACCCGGACGAGCCCGAUGACCUACACGAGCCUUAUGACCCAGAUGGCACGACAACACGAACGGGCGCAUCGACCCAAACGGGCCCUACGACCCAGACGGGCUCGACGUCCUAG